AUGAAAUCUGUUCCUCUCUCCAAGGCUGUCAUUCCGUUCCUAUUGCUACUUGAUUCUUUUAGUCUUCUGGCAAAUGCUAAAAUUACGCCAUUAAGUUGGAAAGAGGCUUAUUCCAAGGCAGAAAAGCUCGUGGAUCAAAUGUCUGUUGAGCAAAUGGUCAAAAUUACUACUGGUCAAGGAUGGAGUAAGGGGCUAUGUGUUGGUCAGACAUAUGCGAUCGAGAGUCCUGAUUUUCCUUCACUAUGCUUACAAGAUGGUCCCUUGGGUGUUCGUUUGGCUGACAAUAUUACUGCUGGAGUUGCUGGUAUUAAUGCUGCUGCUUCUUUUGACAAGAAUGCUAUCUAUGAACGUGGUCGAUACAUGGGUCAAGAAUUCCGAGGAAAAGGUGCUCACAUUCAGUUGGGUCCAGUUAUGAACCUGAUGAGAUCUCCCGAAGGUGGUCGUGGAUGGGAAGCAAGUGGUGAAGAUCCUUUUUUGAGUGGUGUUGCUGCUGAAACUAUCAAGGGUAUUCAAGAAGAAGGUGUUAUUGCUACUGCCAAACACUAUAUUCUCAAUGAUCAAGAGUUGAACAGAACCACUUCUUCUUCUGAUAUUGAUGAUAGAUCUUUCCACGAAGUAUAUCUUUGGCCAUUUGCUCGUGCUGUUGAAGCUGGUGUAGGUUCUAUCAUGUGCUCUUACAAUAUCAUUAAUGGUACACAUGCCUGUGAAGAUGAUCAUACCUUGAAUACAGUUUUGAAAGGCGAGCUUGGCUUUAAGGGAUUUGUCCAGUCAGAUUGGGGCGCUACACAUUCUACUGUUAAUGCUGCUAAUCAUGGUCUUGAUAUGGACAUGCCAGGUACUAUUGGCUUUGAUUUUAAGGCUAAUGCUUCUUAUUUUGGCAAGAAUCUGACAAAUGCUGUUCAUGACAAAAAGGUGAAGAAAGAACGUCUGUCUAAUAUGGUAACUCGAAUCGUUGCUGCUUGGUACAAAAUGCGUCAAGACUCUGGCUUCCCAGAAACAACGAUUGGUACUGGUGUACAAGUCAAUGUUCAGGCAAAUCAUAGAAAACUGGUUCGCUCUAUGGGUGCUGCUCAAGUGUUCUUUUGA